CCCGUGACUUGUUUACGUUUUGCGCUCAAAAACCUCGAUGCAUUUGCUUUUGUUUAUUCGUGGGAGUGCACUGUCACAUUUUCUAACGGAUUUUUGUGCAUGAAUGAAUCGAUUAUCAUCGCGCUCGACGACGAUUCAAUGGUUGUUUGUAAUGCUUGGAAACCGUUUUUCUUUUAGUGAAUAAAAGUGCGAGUGUUCCGAUACCGAAUUUUUGGCGGCGAUGGCCAACUUUAGUGGAAAUUCCCGUGUUACCGAUCAGAUCAUGGACUACUAUCUGAAAUUCGGUCAGAAUCGAGAUCUGGAAAAGUUUCUUCGACUGCGCGCCAGCACAACUCGGUCGUCCAGUGAUGGAAGCAUCCCAACGACUACAGGAUUGCAUGGAGCGGAGGCGGAGCAGCGCAGCGGCGGAAAGAUUGGCAGGUCACUGGAAAAUUUGUCGACUUUGUCGAAACAGAAGCAAGAUGAGGAGAGGGGGGCCCGUUCGGCAGAGUUGUUGAAUGCGUCCGGGGGAAGUGAUCGAUCGAAAUCAGGUCAACAACAGAAAGAUGAUGCAACGAAAGAGGGCAAUAGUAAGUCGGACCCGGUAGUUGAAAACGUAGUUGUAAAGGAAACCAAAAGUGAGAAGAAGUCCGGUCGGAAUUUCAACUUCAAUUUAGAAUCGGUCAUCGAGAUUAAGUUGCCGCAAAUGACAACAGUUUCGCAGCCCAUCGUUGUUUCGCCGCCUCGAGGAAUUUUAGCUGCAGCGCCGAUUAUCCAUGAAAUAAGCACGGCCGGGACACAAACAAUGCCAGAGGGGCGGUCAGUCGAACAGCAAACGGAGGAACCUAUUCGUCCCAUAGUAAAACCCGUACAAAAGAAAAGCGGUAAUCUAAAUGUGGAAGAAACUAUCGAUUCUACGCGUGAUGUUUCCCCUGUGAGCAGCGUGGCAUCCAAAGGGCAACGCCUGGAAUGGGACUCCCUUGGGGACAUUGGUUACAACUCUAGCGAUAAAUUUUACUUUUGUGGGGCUGGCGAUUUGAACGAAACCGAAAAGCGUUGCCUGCAGAAAUAUUUCGCCAAGAAAGGGCUAAACUUUGACGAAAAGGUGGUUGUAGUGAAGAACGUUCAAACUCCCCGGAAAGACGGGAAGAAAGUAGAACAGCAGCAAUCGGAUGAACAGAAUAAGAAAAUGGCAAAACAGAAGUGGCAGGACGUUUAUCAAAAGUACAAAGAAAAGUAUCCAAAUCCUUCUGAUAUUACUCUGAGCAUGAUGAAUCCGGAAGCGCAGAGUACACCGAAGGUCGCAUCAUUUCAGAAUGUUCCGUCAAAAAUCAUUAAAUCCACUCAGACCAGCCUGGUCAAAAUUCUCACCAAAGGAGUGCAAGCCGAUCAGCAGCAACCGCAGGUUGACACUACGGACAAGCAAGUUGGAACGGAAACACUUUCCUCAACGACCAAUAACACGAUUUCCGUUUUGGGAGCAGCUUCGGUCUGUGAACAGGUUGAAGUAGCGGAAAGUUUUGAAUUCUUUUCCACGCCACCGAGCGAGCACGCCGAAGGUAACAGUUUGAAAAGUUCUUCGGACAACUCGUCAUCAUCUCGGCAGCAACAGUUGUCCUCAUCGCCGGGAGGCAGCAGCUCGGAGCAACCUCGAGAGUACAACUUUGAAGACGAACUACGGCUGGGAGUCACUCUGUAUCACACCAUUUGCGAGUCGCGAAGUUUGCCCGCCCGGGUGAAGCAAAGUUUGGUCGAUAAAAUAUUUCGCAAAAUGAUGAAAAACGAUCCGAAAGGUCGAACGAAGGAACAGCUGUUGCAAGACUGUUUGCAUGCCAAACGGCAGCAGAACCAGCAGCCGUCAUCGCCGUUGGGUGAGGAUGUUGGAACGAGCACCCUAGAGAGGCAGGCAGCAUUAAGUGGGGUUGAAAAGAUGGGAGAGAGUGAUAAAAGUUCUUCGGUGGGGCGAAGUAGUAGAGGGGCAGAUGAAGUCAUCGUGGAAAUUGUUGAUGAAAGAAAUAGCGAGGGUAAAGCGGCUUCCAGUCCUGACGAUCCCAUCGUCAAACAUCUACAUGAACUAAGUCUCAAAAGCAACGAUGCUCGCAAUCCUGCCCCACGAUCAACCCAGCAUGGUAAACAGUCCGUUGCUUCUUCUCGGUGCACGAUCUCAUCUAAUACCAAUUCGUCUAAUCACACCGCCCGCCGGUGUCCCAAUUCGAUGUCGCAUUCGACUGGCCCUUCUAGUGGCGAUGAACGUAUACGCAAAGCAAUGAAUGAAUACCUUCAGCCGAUGACCAACUCAGAGAUCGAUUACGCCAAUCAAAAGGAAUUGAAGAGAAGUCAGGAACAGGCCAAGGAGCGCAAGAAUCUCGUUAGUGCGCCUUCUACGGGAGACAAAAUUUUCGAAUUAUUCCGGAAAGAGAAGCAAUCGCAGUUACUGAAAAUCGACAAAAAGAUAGAACACUUAAAAACUAUUAAACUUCUACUGCUAGAAGAGCAGAAAACAGUUAAUGAUAUUGGCUCAGAUAGAAGAACCACCUACCCUUUAGAACUGAAGACUCGGCCACUUCCGAAGAAACCCUCCGAUGAAAAGGAAAAUCUCUAUGAAAAUACCGAACAUCGUGCCAAAAGUGCUUCCAGUGCACCGGUCUACACAUCCGUACACGAGGAUCCGAUCAGUGAGCACUCCAACAAUCAAGGUACGGAGUUCACUUCCGGUUCCAGAUCAGAAUCAGGUUGGAACUCACACUACCACAUGAAGAAGCUGAUCCAGAACCGAUCCAAGCUGGAAACUCCGACGUCAGAUGAGAGUAUUGCCACCUUCAUCAAAAGUCGCAAGGAUAAGUUUAUCGAAAACUACGAACGUCACCGCAGGCAGAUGUUUGAAGAUCAACACCACAUCUACACUAAGCCUUACAGCGGACGCCAAAGCAAACAGGAACACGGAUAUUCACGGCUGGACGAAAAGUAUAGUGUACGAAAUAUUGCCAAGCAGAAAACGCAUCUACCCAGAAGCGAAGUUUUCAUCUCGUCUGAUUCCAUGUCCAUCCCAGCGGCCAACACAUUGACCAACACGACCACCCACCAGUACGAUAUCAAGUCAUCUCGAUCCAGUUCGGAAAGUCUUACUCUACACGCCAGACCAGUGGCCACCCAAACGACUGGAUCAAUAAUGAAGACCAAACCAAUUUUCGAGUCCAUCCCGAAAGACGAACCCGCGUCGGUUCAGGCCACAGGAUGUAACUGUCCCUGCAAUUGUCCCUGUCGGCAUCGACAUCCUUCGAAACCCCCAUCAAUGGGCAAUCCAGUUGUAAGUGCCCCAUCAUUACAGCAUACGGAAAUGAUUGAUGACACGCAACCCAGGCUGGACAAACAACAGCAAACGAAGCCCAGCUCGAUCGCCUACGUCAUUACUUUCCAGGGCGAUAAAGGGGGGAAGGGUUCGAAAGGACGGAAACAAGUCUCCGAAAAGGACCAAGUUUACAACCGUUCAUCGAACACUUCCAGUGACACCAGCUCCAGAACAAACCAAAGUGACGCAUCCGAUCUUCUUCCUCCUAAGGAACAACUUCAGCGAAAUCGGCCGGGUACGUUGCUGCGGCUGAAGGAACGCCAAAAGUGCGUAAACGAGUUGAACAAACUGCGAUCGGAGCGCAACAAGCAACGGAAGAAACUGCUGCUCCUGACGUCGGACGAUUCGUUGAAGAAAUCCGAUGCCAAGGAUCGGCUGCCGCCACCUCCGUUAGCUCAACGGCGCAUAUUCUCAUCGAAAGCUAUACGGGAAAACACUCGGCGCCAGGUGCGGAAUCUACCGGAAGUGCUGCGGAAAAAGGAAAUCGAAAAAUCCAACAAUCUCAAGCGUAAGAAUCUGAUCCUGCGAGACAACUUUAACCGGAAGCUGCAACAAAAAGUGCUCCAUGGUCAGGUGGAUUUGUCCAACAGCGUUCGUGUAAUGCAGUAGUGAAGAACUGGCGCGUGGCGGUCGUUGGCGUUUUAGUUUCAUUUCAGUGCCUAAGUACAAACAGAAAUCUGUGUUCGUUGAAAAUGUGUCUUAUUAAAAAUGUUAUUGUAUUUUGAGCACGUUGGUUCA